UUACAUCGGAAAUGACGUCACGAGAGAGCAGCUUGUUGGUGCUUAGAUGUAACAGCUGAAUGUUCCGUCAGAUUACAGUUUUAAACAUUUUUAUCAGAAUUAUGCACUUUUACAUGCACGUGUCCGUCUGAUCUUUAACCUGUUAUCUACAGAGCGCGGUUCAAUGAAUGAAAAGAGCGCUUGACACAAACACCAGCAGUGAUGUUUACAGACAUGGAUUAUGAGCUGGAGGAGGACAAACUUGGGAUUCCUACAGUUCCCGGAACAGUGACCCUGAAGAAAGACCCACAGAACCUGAUUGGGAUCAGUAUUGGGGGCGGAGCUCAGUUCUGUCCCUGCCUAUACAUUGUACAGGUGUUUGAUAACACUUCAGCCGCUCUGGACGGGACUGUUGCCGCCGGUGAUGAGAUUACUGGUGUAAAUGGCAAACCAGUGAAGGGAAAAACUAAAGUGGAGGUGGCCAAGAUGAUCCAGGCCGUUCAGGGUGAAGUUGUGAUUCAGUACAAUAAACUCCAGGCCGACCCAAAGCAGGGCAAAUCUCUGGAUAUCGUUCUGAAGAAGGUGAAGCAUCGUCUGGUGGAGAACAUGAGUUCAGGAACAGCAGACGCUCUCGGUCUCAGUCGAGCCAUUCUGUGUAACGAUGGUCUGGUGAAGAGGCUGGAGGAACUGGAGAAAACUGCAGAACUGUAUAAAGGUCUGAUGGAACACACUAAGCGGUUGCUCAGAGCUUUCUAUGAGCUCUCUCAGACACACAGAGCGUUUGGUGACGUGUUCUCCGUCAUCGGCGUCCGUGAGCCGCAGGCCGCAGCCAGCGAGGCUUUCGUGAAGUUCGCUGAAGCUCACCGGAACAUGGAGAAGUUCGGCAUCCAGCUGCUGAAGACCAUCAAACCCAUGCUGCACGAUCUCAACACGUAUCUGCACAAAGCCAUUCCAGACACCAAACUCACCAUCCGCAAGUAUCUGGACGUCAAGUUUGAGUACCUGUCGUACUGUCUGAAGGUGAAGGAGAUGGAUGACGAGGAAUACAGCUGUAUCGCUCUGGGCGAUCCGCUGUACCGUGUCAGCACCGGUAACUAUGAGUACCGUCUGGUUCUGCGCUGUCGUCAGGAAGCUCGCGCUCGAUUCGCUAAGAUGCGUAAAGACGUUCUGGAGAAGAUCGAGCUGCUGGAUCAGAAACACGUUCAGGACAUCGUCUUCCAGCUGCAGCGCUUCGUCUCUGGGAUGUCUCGUUACUAUGACGACUGUUACGGCGUUCUGAAAGAGGCAGACGUGUUCCCCAUCGAGGUGGAUCUGUCCAGAACCAUGAUGAACUACGGCGGGCAGAACCUCUCGUACGAGGACGAGGAAGAGGAGGAGAACCGAGGAGCCGAAGAUGAUCUCCAGCAGACUGAGAACGGAGCGGAGAAACUCAUCGACGAUGAAUGAAUGAGUGAACCAAUGAAUGAGUAAUUAAAGGAGUAGUUCACCCAAAAUCAGUUAUAGUCGUUUUUAUUCCUACUAUGGAAAGUGGGGACCAUGUUUUGGGUGAACUACACCUAUACACUAAAUGAACGAGUGAACGAACGGCUGGUGAACGGGUGAAUGAAUGUGUUUGCUGUGGGGUUUAAAAGUUGACAAAUAUUGAAGUAUUUGCAUUAUUUUGUUUGUAGUUAAAGCAUUUCAAAGGGAAAGGACCAAAAAUGUGAUGAAGUCUUGACAGAUUUCAUGGCUUCAUGUGUAUUUGCACACGAGUGAGUUUCUGCCUUCUUCUUUAUUUCUGUCACUUUAAACACCGGAGGAAUAUAUUUUGAUCUGCGUAUGUCAGUGUUGAUUCUGUUUCUGUUUUGGGUGUUUUGUGGUAUUUUCUGGAUUGUGUGGUGUGAGAGGGUUGUGGGUGUGUUACUGUCAUGUGACUUCUGUAUUCUUAAAGUUAUCAAAUGAUGAAGGUGAAAAGAAGCAUUAUUUAAACGAGAGUAAAACGUUUGUGAAAUCUGUUAUAUGCAAAUGAAAAUAUAAAUCUAACUUUAUUGACUUUGAGAGUUGUUGUGGACAGAGAUGAUGGACUGAAGUGUGUGACAGACACACGAGCAUCAGAUGAUAUUACACACUCAUGUGUGUCUGAAUCAAUUACACUUGUGUGACUUUAUUUGAAUGCCCGUUCUCUUUUCAUGAAGGUCAUUUGUGACUUUCAUAAUGAAGUGUGAA